AUGGCAGCUCGCAUAAAUCAUAAUCGACAGAAGGCCAAGGGCCUGGGCCAGCACAACAAUGCUGAGCAUUACAAAAACCAGAACUUUGAGGAGCUGCAAGCAGCCUGUCUGAAUAAGGGGAUACUGUUCGAGGACCCCUUCUUUCCUGCUGACUCCACCUCAUUGGGCUUCAGGGAUCUGGGACCCUUGUCCAGUGGCGUGCAGGACAUCUCCUGGCACCGGCCCCAGGACAUCACAACGCAUCCUCAAUUCAUUGUGGAUGGAACCACUCAGACAGAUAUCUGCCAGGGAGACCUCGGGGACUGCUGGCUACUGGCUGCCAUCGGCUCCCUCACCGUCAACCCCCAGCUGCUGAGCCGUGUGGUGCCCAAGUCACAGAGCUUCAAGAAAAAUUACGCCGGCAUCUUUCAUUUUCAGAUCUGGCAGUUCGGGCAGUGGUUAGAUGUGGUGGUGGAUGACCGGCUGCCCACAAAAAAUCACAAGCUGGUGUUCCUGCACUCAGCCCAGACCUCCGAGUUCUGGAGUGCCCUGCUGGAGAAGGCAUAUGCCAAGCUGCAUGGAUCCUACGAAGCCCUGUCAGGGGGCAGCACAGUGGAAGGCUUUGAGGACUUCACCGGGGGUGUGAUCCAGAGCUUCCAUCUCCGGAAUCCCCCUCCCAACAUUCUACAGAUCAUCAGGAAAGCCCUGGACCGGUCCUCUCUUAUGGGCUGCUCCAUUGAACUCAGCGGCAGCCAAGAGCUGGAAUCACUGACACACAAGAAUCUGGUUCGAGGACACGCAUACUCAGUGACUGGCCUUCAGGAUGUCCUCCACCAAGGCAAGCUGAAAACACUGAUUCGGCUCAGGAACCCCUGGGGUGAAACUGAGUGGACAGGAGCCUGGAGUGACAACUCCACAGAAUGGAAAGAGCUGCCCUCAGACGUCCAGAAUCAGCUGUGGCACAAGAGUGAGGAUGGGGAGUUCUGGAUGUCAUUCCAGGAUUUCCUGGCCAACUACACUUUGCUUGACAUCUGCAACCUGACGCCUGAUGCGCUGUCCGGGAGCUGCAAGAAAUAUUGGCACACUACCUUCUACGAGGGGAGCUGGCGGAGGGGCAGCACGGCUGGCGGCUGCAGAGAAUACCCCGACACGUUCUGGACCAACCCCCAGUUCAAGAUCAGUCUCCUGGAACAGGACGACGAGGAAGACAACGAAGUGGUCUGCACCUGCCUGGUGGCUCUGAUGCAGAAGAACUGGCGACAGAGGCGGCACUUUGGGGACUCGGAGAUCAUCGGUUUUGUCAUCUUCUCGGUCCCAAAGGAGUUUCAGAAUAUCAAGAAUGUCCACCUGAAGAGGGAUUUCUUCCGAAAAUAUCAGGACCUUGGCUUCUCAGAAAUCUACUCCCACGCACGGGAGGUGAGCAGCCAGCUCCGGCUGUCUCCAGGAGAGUAUAUCAUCGUUCCUUCCACCUACCACCAGAACAAAGAAGCCGACUUCCUGCUUCGAGUCUUCACAGAGAAGCACAGCGAGUCCUGUGAACUGGACGAAAACAACUAUGCGGAGCUCCUUCAAGAGGAGAAGGUCUCUCCCCACGACCUAGACCCAGACAUCAUCCGUUUGUUCGAGACAGUGGCCGGAAGGGAAAGAGAGGUCAAUGCAUACAAGCUCCAGAAACUGCUCAACAAAUUGGUCUCCAAAUUCCAAGAAAUCAAGAUCACUAGCUUCAGCUUGUAUACCUGUCGCUGUAUGAUCAACCUCCUGGAUAAAGAUCGCUCUGGCAGACUGGGGCUUCUGGAGUUCCAGAUCCUGUGGAAAACAGUCAGGAAGUGGACGGACAUCUUCCGAGACUGUGACCAGGACCAGUCAGGCACCAUGAACUCCUAUGAGAUGCGCUUAGCCAUUGAGAAAGCAGGCAUAAAACUGAGCAACAGGGUGCUGCAAGUGCUGGUGACCAGGUAUGCGGACGAGAACAUGAUCAUGAGCUUUGACAGCUUCAUCAGCUGCAUCCUCAAGCUGAAGGCCAUGUUCUCGUUCUUCCUAACCAAGGACCCCAGGAACACUGGAUAUAUUAGUUUGAAUAUAAAUCAGUGGCUGGAGAUGACCAUGUGGGGAUAG